GUCGUGUGUGUUUUCAGUUACGUUUCGCGUGUAGUCACAGGCUGACGUUUGAUGAUGAGUAAUGAUGAAUAUUUUAAUCUAACGCUUUUACAAGUGAUUUAAAAUGAAAAAUAAAUAUACUUAAAAAUAAAAUCUUAAAUGUAUUAAAUUUUAUUUAUUACUGUUGUGUUAAAAUAUGUUUUAAAAAAAUAUGGACAGUUCUAUGGAUACUACCACUACUACUACAACACCUCUGAAAUCAAAAAGAUUUCCCACCAUGUUCAAGAAAAUGAUGCUUUCAAUGCCCAUUUGUUUAGGAUUAAAGACCAUUUCAAAGGAUGCAACUUCAGCUGUUAAAUUGUCCGUCCAAAAAAAGACAUCGGCCAAAAAAAAGUCGAAAGCGGUAAUGGAAGCUGAACAGGAAGUUGUGGGUAUGUCAAGGCGGCCAGAUACAGCCACGUUGGGCAAACCACUGUUGUUGGACAAGCGGACCGAGAGCGGAACGGAAGUACGGCCAUCAACUACAAAACGUCCGGUUUGUCAACAAUUUAACAGUAGAACAUAUCGGGUCAAAACCAAGGACCGAAAAAGCGUGCUAAGCUUGCCAGAAGUCUCUAAACAGACAACGAAGAAUCGGAAAAGUUAUUUACCGAUUAAAGUGAAGCCGAUUGCUCCAACUCCACCAAUUCGGCAACGUAUCCAAAAGAUGUCGUCUACGUCAAACGACCAGGAAAACGUUAAACAGAAUACUAUUAGUGAGAGAAUAGAAAAAAAAACCGAAGAAUAUCGUCCAGAAAAAUGGGUUCCAACGGCCGUUGGAUCGGCAAGGAAGAAAAGGCUUGUUUUGUGCUAUUUGUGCGGUAAAGAAUUCGGUACUGCUUCGUUGCCAUUUCACGAACCUCAGUGUCUCAAGAAAUGGAUCCAAGAAAAUUCCCGACUACCCGAACAUUUACAAAGAACUAUGCCAAAGAAGCCGGAAAAUCAAAUUAUUUCUGUUGAUGAUUGGAAUAAGUUGGCAUGGGAAGCCACUCAGUCAAAUUUGGUGCCAUGCGAUUUUUGCCAACGGAAGUUCCUAGCAAACAGACUUGAAGCCCACGCAAGAGUUUGUAUUGAAUCCAAGAAAAAAACAGUAGCCGCGCCAAAGUUACCGGCUAAAUCAGCCGUCAUCAUGGACAAACCUAAAAAGAAACCGGCGCCGUGUUACGUGUGCGGUCGUCUGUUCGGGACCGCGUCCAUAGGGAUUCACGAACCUCAGUGUCUGAUCAAGUGGACUCGAGAAAACGAUAACUUAGCACCACAUCUCCGACGACCUGUGCCCACCAAACCGGAAGUGAUCAUCAACGAAGUGACGGGCAAGGUGGAUCAACAGGCUACCAGAGAAGAACACUGGAAAUCGUACUUGUCACAGCUCGUGCCAUGCGACCGGUGCAAACGGACAUUCGACCCGGAUAGGUUGGAAGUGCAUCAGAGAAGUUGUAAAGGAGUGACAAAAUAAAUGAAAACAGUAUCAUUAUAACUACCUAAUAACGUCUAUAGAGAUAUAAAUAAUAUUAUUCACUGAUGUCGUAAUUCUCGUUAGAACCGGUUUUAUUUAAUUUUAAGUACCUACCUAUACUUAUAUUAGUUAUUUGAUAUAGUGCGAACUUAACAUAAAACGGUUAACUAUGUACAGGUAGUAGGUACCUACUUAACAUUAAUCUCGGUAUUUAUACGCACUACGCAACGACGUAGCUAUUUUGGAAAAUGUUUAGGAGGGUGUCGAACAUUUUGAGGAAUAACUAGGUAUAAAUGGUUAAGCAGUUGUCGAUAUGCAUCAUUCGGUGACCGUUGUUCAAUAUAAAUAGCUUCUGAUCACAUGUUUACUAUAAUAUACUUAAUAAUUAUCAUUUAACUUUAGUCAGCCAUACACUUAGGUACCUAACACGAUAAUACUUAAUAAAAUAAUUGUAACUAUCAUUUAUUUAACCUUUCACAUUGUUUCAAUAUUAGGUAGGUAGAGAAUCAUAAUUGAUAAAUUAGGUAAUAUCAAUUGACUCACUUAAAAUUAUAUCCAUAACAUCGAAGAAAAAAUCUACGUAUAAAUGUACAAUACUGUAUAGGGAGAAUAUUACACAAUAUGGAUACUGUGUAUAGCAUUAGCUUCUCCAUAUAAUUUGUGAUUGUAAGUUUCGAAUUCAGUUACGAAUUAUGAUACGAAUAACUUGCUUACUCGAGUAUUUACUAUGUAUAUAAGUUAUUGUAAUAAUAAAAUUGAAUAUAGUUUUAAAUUAACAUA